AUGGCCUCCGCCGUCGCUAGCAACGUGCACGCGGGACCCGCCGCCGCAGGGCCCAUGGCCUUCGGCUGGCUCGGCCCGCCGCGCCUGUCCUUCGGCGCCCACGCCGCGGUGGCGGAGGAGGAGGAGCCCGCCUCCACGGCGGCGGAGUCCAAGGCGGAGCCGGCGGCGAUCUCGAAGGACUUCAUCGACUUCGAGUUCAGCCUCGGCGGGUCCGCCACCAUGCUCCCCGCGGACGAGCUCUUCGCCGACGGGAAGCUGCUCCCGCUCCGGCCGCAAGCCCCCGCCGGGAAGACGGCGGCGACGGAGGCCGAGCGGGAGCGGGUGCGACGGGACACCGCGCUGGUCGCGGAGGUCAUGCCCUUACCGGAUGCGGUCAGGGCUAUGCAUCCAGCUGCGCCCGAGGUUGCGCUCGACCCGUACGUGUUCUCGCCCAAGGCGCCCACGUGCUCCAGCCGGUGGCGUGAGCUGCUCCGGCUCAGGAAGGUCCAGACACCGCAGAAGCCGUCCGCGUCGCCGUCAGCGUCCCCCGCGGCGACGGCGGUGACCCCGUCGAGGGCGUCCAACUCCUCAGCGGCCAGGUCGCUGAAGCUGCUCCUCCUCCAGCGGAACGGCGGCCGCGCGUCGGGCGCCGCCGCGUCGGACCUCUCCGCGGCGCCUCUCCUCCGCGACAGCUCCGACUCGGAGACGUCGCUCUCCCUCGCGUCCUCCCGCUUCUCGCUCUCGUCGUCGUCCUCCUCGUCCGGCCACGACCACGACGACUUCCCGCGCCACUCCCUCGACUCCGUCGACCCCACCCCACGUCCCCGCAUCCGCCUAGUCCGCUCCCACCCCCACGCGCCGCAGCCCCAGUCGCAUCCGCAACCACACCCACCCGUCGCUGCAUCCGGCUCCGCUCCCGCUCCCGCGCCCGCGCUCGCCGCCCACAGUCCCGCUCGCCGCCGCUCGUCUCCGUCGACCCCGCCGCCGCCAAGUGUGGUCUCUGUGGACUCCCCCCGCAUGAACGCGUCAGGCAAGAUCGUGUUCCAGGGCCUGGAACGCAGCUCCAGCUCCCCCGCCGGCAGCGUGCACUCGUCGAUGCGGUCGCGGUCCCGCGUCAUGGACCGAUCCUACUCCGCUGGCGUCCGCGCCACGCCGGUCGUGCUCAACGUCCCGGUGUGCUCGCGGCCGGUGUUCGGGUUCUUCAAGGACAAGAAGGACGCGGCGGCCAAGGACGCAGCCUCGGCGCGGGCGCGGUCGGCGCUGGGCCGGAGGACGCCGACUGGCGGCAGCACCACUCUGGCGGCGGCCGGAGCCGGUGGAGUGAGCGGCAGGGAUCUUGGCAAUGGUAACUGA